UCGCUCCCUGCCCGAUUCUGCGAAAUCAACAAGAGACGAAGGCGAGCUAGUAUCUGCAAGCUCCGGGGCCAACGACGGCGCUGGUCAGGGCAAGCUCUCCUCCUUACAAAAACAAGGAGGGACGCAACUGGUAUUUUUUUUUUUUUUUUACCCCCCUCACCAGUGUGUCUGUGACCGCUGAACACUCAGCAGGAGACGGACAUUCAGUCGGUGUGGAUAUUGGUGGGAUGGUUGGACCAAGUGAGCAGGUUUCGCCGUGAGACUGGCGCUAAUUUGGACGUCCUGAGCAGCAGGUGUACUGAAGGAUAAAGCAGACUAAAGGCAAUCUCAGUGUUCAUGAAACUUUGCUACGAUUUACGUGCUGGGGUUGCCGUCCGCCAUGUUAAGGUAAAGCCCAGGUGCGCGGUGUUGACCAUGCUAAAGCGCCUGGACAAGAUCCGCUUCCGAGGCCCCAGGACGAGAGACGACUUCACGGAUCUGGCCGAGUCGCCACCCGCCUCCGACAACGAAUGUAGCGACGACAUGCAGCUGAAGCCCAGAGCAGCUCUGCGAGACACAGAGGACCUCCUGCGAGACCCUGCAGGUUCGGGGUCUCCCACCAUGGCCGCGGCCAUCCAGGACUUCCAGAGGUCGGAGUCAGACCGACUCAAUGAAGUCAAAGGUCACCUGGAAAUUGCCUUAUUGGAGAAACAUUUCCUACAGGAGGAGCUGAGGAAGCUGCGGGAAGAGACCAAUGUGGACUCCCUGCGGCAGGAGCUGGAGAGGGAGCGCAGCAAGAGGAUAGACCUGGAGCAGAAGAUGAACGAGGUGCUCAAGACCAGGCUGGAGGACUCUCCGCCACAGCCCCCUCGGAAACAGCAGUCGCCCUCAAACAAUGGAACAGCAGAUAAACAACAAAAGGAGGUAUGGAGCUCACGGCUACAGAAGUGGCUGUACGAACGCUUUGGGGUUUACAUCGAAGACUUCCGCUUCCAACCAGAGGAGAGCACUGUGGAGGCCGAGGAACCGCUAAGUGCUAAAAGGUUAACAGAAAAUAUGAGGCGACUCAAGCGAGGAGCCAGACCUGUCACCAACUUCUUAAGGAACCUCUCCGCCUUAUCUAAUUGGCACUCCGUCUACACCUCAGCUAUUGCCUUCAUUAUCUACAUGAACGCUGCUUGGCAUGGCUGGGCCAUUCCCAUGUUACUCUUCCUGGCUAUCCUGCGCUUGUCCUUGAAUUACCUCAUCGCCAGAGGUUGGAGGAUCCAGUGGAGCAUCGUGCCUGAGGUCUCUGAACCCAUGGAGCCUCCAAAGGAAGACUUGACUGUCUCGGAGAAGUUCCAGCUUGUACUUGACGUUGCACAAAAAGCACAGAACCUGUUUGGUAAGAUGGCAGACGUUUUGGAGAAGAUAAAGAACCUGUUUAUGUGGGUGCAGCCCGAGAGCACCCGGAAGCUCUACAUCUGCCUGUGGGUGGCUUUCAUCACCUCCUGCGUCCUGCCAUACAAACUAAUGGGCUUCAUGAUGGGCCUGUACGCCGGUAUCAAGUUCUUCAUCAUAGACUUCCUGUUCAAGAGCUGUCCGAAGCUGCGGGACAAGUACGACACGCCCUACAUCGUGUGGAACAGCCUUCCCACAGACCCUCAGCUCAAAGAGAGGACCAACGCCACUGUGUCCCGACGGCUCUCUGGCAUUGAGAAGGUUCCGCCGGUGGUCUCUCGGAGCAGCCUCGCCACCGUCCCGUGUGGGGUGAGCAGAGAGGAGGAGAGCGGUCGCUCCCACAGCACCAAGAAGGGAGCCUUUCAUGAGAUCUUCAACCUGCAGGAGUCAGAGCGCCCUCUGGCGGUGUGUGAGAACGGAUGGAGGUGCUGCCUCAUAAACAGAGACAGGAAAAUGCCCACAGACUACAUCAGGAACGGAGUGCUCUACGUCACAGAGAAUUACCUGUGCUUCGAGAGCUCCAGCUCCAGAUCCAGCUCCUCCAAGAAGAACAAAGUCAUCAAGCUGGUGGACAUCACUGACAUACAGAAGUACAAAGUUCUGUCAGUCCUACCAGGAAGUGGGAUGGGCAUCUCUAUAGCCACUCCUUCCACUCAGAAGCCAUUGGUGUUUGGUGCCAUGAUCCACAGAGACGAGGCUUUUGAGGCCAUCUUUACCCAGUACAUGAAGAUCAUGACCACCACCAAGCCGCCGGCCAGCGCAGAGCUCUAGACAGCCUGCAUCCCAUCAACACAUCUCCGCACUGGGGCUAAAGUCUGAGGAGAGAGCGCCUCCUGAGAUUCAACUGGACUGGAACUUAAACACAAAACACCACACUCCUCUGCUCCGCUCCUCCUCCUCCUCCUUUCGUUUGUGGUCCUCGGCCAGCUUUGAUUGGUGGAUUUCCUGCCGGAGCGGACGUGUGGGCAUGUCGACUACACGUCUGCGUGGUUAGGAUUUUGUUACACCACACACUUUUCGUGGGUGUCCGAUAGAAAACGAACAAAAUCCGGUAACCGGUUCUGGGAGGAGCGAAGAUCAGUGUGGUUUUUAUCAGCAGACAGCUGGCGAGGGGGCUGGUUCUCCUCUCCCACCUGACUGACCAACUGACUGGCUGACUGGUUUCCUGACUUACUUGUUUCUGUGUUUGCAUGUGUGAGUGUCUGUGUGUGUGUUUGUGUGUGCGUGUGUGUGUGAAGGCCGAAAUUAAGCUCUUAAAUUGCGUCAAGUGGCUCUAUUUUUCUCCUUACCCCUCGAGUCAGUGGAGUGACGAUUUUUCAAGACUGACUGUAAAAUGAAUAUCGUAAAACAACUAGAAGAUAAACAAGAGGUUCUUUCAACUGCCAGACAUCUGUAGGAACAAAGCAGUACGUUUUAGCUUCAUAAAUCAGUACAAAAACAAUCCUCGACGUUGAAAUAUGUAGACAUUUAACUGGCUGAUCAGUGCCUCGUGGCAUAGCCCAACAGAAUUAGAGCGAGCGGUCAGUGAGUUCUUUUUUUUUUUUUUGUCUCUGUAUUAGCUGUGAAAAUGUCAGCUCACCAUUAGACUGACACAGAGCCUUUCUGUUAGUUUACACUGCUGCUGUCUAAUUUCUUGAUAUUUCUUCCUCUUCUUUCUAGACACACAGGUCAGCAGCGGCGGUAUGUUCUAGUCGUGUCUAUCGAUCUUAAACAAACAGAAAAUGUGCGCUGCCGUGUUCAGCAUCCGCUUCGGUGUUUGUAAGUGUGCGUAUGUGAAACGUGUAGUGAAAUGUUUGGGUUUUUUUUCUAAAAUGCCUUUAUUUUGAAAAAAAUGUCUUUGUAACAAACAGCCUUUGGGGAUGAGUAACCGGUGGUCCUGGAGCUGCUGAUUGUGUCCGAGACGAGAGCACAAUCACUGUUAGAUGGUUCAAACACUGACUGCCAUGUGGAGCCGUGUCACAGUGGAGAACAUAGCCUCCCGUGUCUAUGCUUCUCUUUUCAAGGCACAAAUCUGUACAUAGAGAGAUUUCCUUUUCUUUUUCUCCAUCCAUGGUAUUCUCCCUGCACUUUAUUAGGACAUCUACUGGAGUUCUUGACCUUUUAUGUUGCAGCGACUUCAAAUUCAAAUUCAGCUGGAGUCCAUGGUCAGUGUUAGGAAAUAGUUCAAAGCUGCUACUUAACGUCCUACGGUAUUUCUUGAGCCUGUGCUGCACUGAGACCAGCACGGGCGAUCCGAGCACGUUGUAUUAAUACGAGAUUGAUGUCUGUCUGUAGCUGCAAGCCAGACAACCUUCAAACUGACCAUGACAGAGAGGAAAAAAAAAGGUACUUUGACGUGAAAAUUAAACCGGACAGAUUAGUUUGACAUCACUCGUGAAAAUGUUGCUGUAUUUCCGGGUUUGAUUCAUAAAUCUAAACCUGAUCGUCAGGGAGCGACGCAGAAAUAUGCGCUGAACACAUCUUCUGAUUGGUUAGUCUCACUUGCUUAUAUGUCACCUGAGGUAACAUAAGAAGUAAUUUAAAAUCUGGAUUUACUAAUGUUAGUCGAUUUUUCUCCAAAAACCAGAAUCAUGAGCUAUAAAGACAUGCCUAAUUAGCUCCUUUUUGUUUGCUUGCUUAAUUUUUCACGUACCCGUAACGCCACAAUGAGUAGAGAGUCAUCUGUGUGCUCUUCCACUUGUUCCACAUCAUCUAAACGUCAGCUUUUUUUAAAAAACAAAAAAAAAACGGUAGUCUGCGAAAUAUAUGGAAUAUUUCAGCGUCAGUUUAUUUUAGGAUACCGCUUGCAAGAAUAUAGCUGGUCUUUACUCUUGCACAAUGGUUUGAUAUGUAGAAAUACAAUGCCAAACUACACCAGACACUUCACCGUGUUUUGUUUUUUGUUUUUUUGAUGAUGAAUGGAGAUAGCAUACAGGACUGGGGGUCAUGAUUUCUCUUCAGAUUUCAGUAUGAGAGACAGUAGAGUAGCUCUUCCACACUCCUAUUUACUGUACGCCCAGCAGCACAAGCUUUAGUUUCCUUAUAAAUCUUGCUGUUAAAAGGGAAGCCUUGACGUUUUUACACGGCGGACAAUUCUUUUUUUUUAGUUUAACGAUCUUUAAUCACUCCUGUGUCGCCGUUCCCCAAGAAAACGAGUAUUAUUUUCUGUUAUCGCGCCUCCAGACUAAAAAUGUCAAGGUUUCUUGUAAUACAAGUCCUCUUAUCAUCAUUACCAAUUAGAAUCAACUGAGCUGGAUAUGAAGUUGCCGGAGAAGCGAUGGACCAGUUCAACGAACCGUGUUAGUUUGAGUUUUUAACUAAUUACGGAUGGAUAUUUUUCUUUGACAUCCAUUUGUAUGAUUUGGCCUGUUAUAAACAGGCUGCCUUCCCAGACAUGGAUUUUCUAUUUUUGUUUAGGAAUGAAUUGGAUCCAUGAACGGGGGGAAACCUGUUAGAGAUUAGAGCAGGUGAAAUCAGUCAAGUAAUUAAUGCUGUCUCACUGUGUGACUGGAUGGCUCGUUGUAGUCUUAAAGCUUUUACCUGAAGCCUUUUGUAAUCUGUUAACUCUGAAACCAGCUCUAACAAGGCUGCACUCAGAUAAAGCACAGAAUGUAUCACGUUCUAAAUGUCUAGGAUUUUUUUUUUCUUUUGCCAAAUCUUUAAUUUUCUGUCUGCCAUAUUCUGCCUACGCUCAUGUUUACAGAAGGAUGUAAAAAUUAGUUUUUUGUUUUUUUUUUCCUUACCCAGUUUGAAUUCCUUUGACUCUGGAGUUAUGAAGACUGGAAUGCUGUUCUUGAAUUAAUGUCUUAGCUCUCAUUGGCUCUGCACCACUCACAUGACUAUUUCUGCUCACCUUUUAACCAAUAGGAAACUCCGAUCAUAGUGGCAACAAGAGCAGUAUUUUAAACCUCACGCAGCAUGCAAAUCGUCAUACAUCACAGUACUUGGUUACAGUGUAGUGUAAUUUUCAGUAAAACACAGGCUUCAUACAGAGCAGAGAUGGUCAUGGUGGACUGAGGGGGCAACAUCAGUGUAUUUGACGUUUACUUUGUCCAUUCUGACUCGAUGCACCUUUUUGAAGAGUGUGGAGAACAGCAGAAAUAAAACAAAAGUUUGAUUCACAUUGGGUUUUUUUAAUGUAAUAAAAUGUGGACACUUAUGUUAUUGUUAGACACUUCCCAUACAAGCAUUCAGCACAUGUUGAAAGUAAUAGUGCAACAUUUUUGCUGAGAAUGAGAUGAGAAGUUUGAUACCACUCAUGACUACAUGCUAAAUAUAAUGCUGAUGCUGCUUAGCAUAGCAUAGCUUAGCUGAGAUUUUGGUAUCUCUGAAUAGAGCCACGUCAGAUGUUUCUAGUCUUUAUGCUGCUGUAGAUAUUUACUAGAGAAGUGGAAAUUCUGAAUCAUUUUGCUAAUUCAAAGUGUCUUUUGCAUUUAAUUUCAAAGUGUUGCACUCAAACACUGUUGCUUAACCUUUUCUGUAUGCUCAUUCAAUUUAAAUGCACUGAAUCACACACAUUACUUGCUAUUAUAAAUUGAAACCCUCAAUGAUUUUAACAGUUAAACAGCGGUACCAAAGGUGGUGUCAAUUUUCUCUUCUAACUCAGCAAAUAAACACUUCCUCAAAAUGUUAAAAUAUUCCUUUAAUGUUACGGACGGUAAGAUGCACACCCUGACUGCCAAAUUAUGAUCCGGAACAGUUGGGAAGAUUUAACGUCAAAAACAGUGGUGUUGUCUUCUCAAGGUCCCCUCCGUUUAAGCUGGUGUCCUCACUGUUGUAUUAAAGAUGUAGUUCCUGUGUGUGUAAAUGUUAAUGAAGGGGUUUCCAAAAGCAUUUCCAAUGAUCCACACUGAGUACAAACUUUACCGGGGCUCCUGUCACAUCUCAGACACUUUACAAAUGAAUUGUAUCAAGGCUGCAGACAGCCAGACAGUAAUUUGACAGUAAUUAUGGCUGAAAAAGUUAAAUAAAGAAGAAAAAUCUAAGGAUUCAGUCCUGUUUUAUGGACUCAGACAAUACACGUAAGACUUGGUACAGUCUGUGAAUUGCAAAUUAAAGCCCAAGUGUAACUGGGAAACAUUGCAGUCAUUACGAUGAGUAAUUAAUUUGUCAUCUGUGACAGUCGCUGUAAUGACUUCCUUUUUUUUUUCUCCCCUUUAUUUUUUUUUUUGUCAGAGGAAUUUGUAUACAAAUGAUUGAAAUGUACAGUGAAGAAAACAAAAACCACUGAGUUUUUAAAAGACACGUCUAUUGUAAAGGAUAAUGUGAUGUACAUUUUUUAAUUUAAGUAAAUGAAUUUAAGG